CAGCAGCAGUGUUUCCUUCCAUGGAUUGAAGGGAGGAAAUCCUCUUCUUCGGCGUCGCCUGCAAUGCAAAUGGUGCCGACCGGGACAGAAUAAGGCUGCGUUAACACACUCAUCUGUAACAAACACCUGACUUUGCGAGGACGGGAAGCUUUAUUAUUUAAAAAAAAGAUUUUUUUCCUCGAGCCCGAGGUGCCAGGCAUCACCACUGACAAUUUCCCAGCGCCCUCCGCAAAGGCUCAUACAGGUGACAAGUGUGUCCAACUUCACCGCAUCGCCCGCGUCGUCGACGCGCUCAGAGAGUGCUUUCUCCGGCGGCAGCGCGCGCUGCGUGAGACCCGUCGCUCUUGUUUUGACGUGACAUUUUGAGCUGGAGCUGCAGUGCACAUGUGGCCACGUAUGACGCAUAUGCGCCUUCAGCUGUUUGGUUAAAAAAGAAAAAAAAAAAAAAAAGCCGGCGUCGGACGCUGGAGUGUUGAGUUGUCGGGCAAGUUGCUGAUUGGUAUGUUCGUCAUGUCCGCCUGGGCUAACUUGCGCGUCUCUCUGUAGAGUCGCACAGAGCUGCGGUCGGGGCAGAAGUUGCUUGGGAAUAAUAACAGUGCGAAGAGGUUGAUGUGAGCGGCUGAAUUUACUACAAGCAUCAUCAGCGUCUCUGUGUGCGGAUCAGGACUGCGGGGGGACCGCUGCCGCUCACCGCUCUUCAUCUACAUACUAACAGUUUUUUUUUGCAGAAGCCUGCCAGUAAAUUUCAGCUCCUGAGACCACAGCUGCGUAAACUUGGCCAUAUCUGGUGACAUUGUACCCUCUCUGUGUGUAUGUGCGUGCGUGCGUGCAUGGGCGCAUGUGUGUGUGUGUGUGUGUGCGCGCGCUGAGCAGCCUGGAUGGAUAUGCGGCUCACCGAGGGAAUUUGAAAAGCAAGGGGGGAUUACUAUCGGUCCCUCUCCUUUUAUAACCUCAAAAUGGAUGCCGACGACAGCCUGUGGAAACGCCAGUGGAUUAGCCACUCUUCCGCCGAUCUGAUUGACAUCUGAGCGGCACGAGCGUUCAAAGUUUGGAUAAUCUGUAAAAGAAAAAAAAAAAAAAAGGCUCAAGGUGUAGGAUGCAGUCUGGAGUGAAGACGCUCUCCGCAGGUGGAGGUGCGUCACUCUGCUGCCUGCUGCUCCUCUGGCUCAUCUACUCCCAUCUGCUCAGAGAGGGCCAGUUGGCGGUGGGAACCUGCGAGAUAGUGAUGCUCAACAGAGACAGCAGCGUCCCCAGACGGACCAUCGCAAGGCAGACGGCCCGCUGUGCCUGCCGGAGAGGCCAGAUCGCCGGGACCACCAGGGCGAGGCCAGCAUGUGUAGACGCGCGAAUCGUGCGGAGUCGUCAGUGGUGCGAGAUGGCUCCCUGCCUGGAGGGGGAGGUCUGCAGCUACCUGUUCAACCGAUCCGGCUGGACCUGCACCAGGGGCAGCGGUCGCAUCAAGACCGUCACGCCUUUGCCCAAGGAACCGUCGUAGGAUGCAGAGAAAACAGCAAGUAUGUUCAUUGUCAUCCAUGCUACAAAAGGAACUGAGACCAAUCUCUACACCAGAACAUUGUGUCCAUUCACCAACGAGAUUCCCAAACUUAAGACCAGGUUUGACCUUCAAUACUAAAAUAAAUAAAUAGUGAUAAUCCGGAGUUUCUCCAAUCCCCACAGUGAAAGACUCUCGGCAGACACUUCUGAGAACUCUGAGAAGUCUCAAGUGAGCAGCAUGGUAUACUCCAUCGGCAUUGAAUCUUCACGCAGCCAAAUUCGUGGACACGUCACAGAACUAAAAUCCCUGUGAGGAACAUUUAUCAACGGGGCAGUGGAAUAUUCAGUGAAGUACUUUACCUUUUAUUUUUGUCCUUGUUAUCCAACAUCCAGUCUGCAGGGGAGAGCUCCUUGAAGAUUUUUCGUACCUUUGUGGCUUGAUUUAGACUUGUCAAAAGGUCUUUCAGAAGUCGAUCCCGUUCAUCUUCUUUACUAUCCCUGCUAUGAAGCCGUCCGGGGUUAUAUUCCAGCCAAGUUCCUUUAAUGUCAGCUUACUGCUGAAGAGUAAUGACUCUGCAGAGGUUGAGCCAGGCCGUAUUGUCCAUUGGAUUCUUUCUCUCAUUUGGCUGAUGGGUGAAACUUUACACCUCUGCAUUUAAAUACACACAGGACGGACGGUUGUGAGAAAGCAUGAAAGUCUCUUGGAAUGUCACAGAAGAGACGACAGAGACGAGUUGACUCAAUGACUGAAGGUCACGAUGGUGAAAUGUGGACAUUUUGAGCGUCUUAGCUUAUAACUUAUGUUUUUUUAAUGUGGUGCCAACAUAGACUAGAAGAGUAGUUUUUGUCAAUGAACCUCACACAUCUUGUACACACCACCGGGAGCAUUUAGCCGAUGUGGAACCCUGGCUCAUGUUAAUGGUCUGUGUGUUUGUGAGCAAGUGAUUUUGCAUCUCUCCACGUGGGAAUGUGUGUGUGUGUGUGUGUGCGCUUGUGCGUGAGUGUGUGUGCACAUCCAGAGAUACACUGUGAAAUAAGUCAUAUCCAAUGCAUCAUUCAUACUCUUGUAUAUUUUUGGGACACGCCCAGACCAGAGCUCACCAUCUGGCAAGAGAAGCAUUUGCAAUUUUACAGAUGUUGGAUAUCAUUUUAAUCUUCACGGGUGAAUCCUGGGAUUGACUUUUCUUUUCUUUUGUGUCUUUUAUUUAGUACAUAGAGAUAUUUAUAUUGGGGGGGGGUGGGGGGGCUGGGGACAGAUCUACAGUGUGUCGCAUAAGUUAAAUUCUGUAAUUAAAAUCAAUUCAUGCGUGAUUAAAUGUAUUCAGAAUCCUUGUUUAAAUUGACUAUAUUUUGAUAAGAAAUGUUUUGGCUAGCUGGACGUGCUAUUUGCUGAUUUCAGAUGCUUGAUAUAUUUGAAAUUAUGUAUAUAUACAUAUAUAUAUAUAUAUAUUCAAUUAAUGUAUUUUAUGUUCUGUGGGUCUCAUUUCAAGCGGAGGUAAAGCAAAGGAGAAGCACAAGAAGGCAUUCUUCUGAGAGAAGUACAAGAGGUGGACAAAUUAACAAGAACACCAGCAAGAUAUUACAAAAACACAAUGAAAAUAAAACACAAUUGAAAUACAUGUAUAUUAAUAUAUGUACUAAGGUACGGUCAACCCGAAGUCUCAAAAAAUAGCCUUCACAUAGCAAGUGUUUGUUGCAGGGCAAUUACAAUAUAUUUCCACAGGUGUUCCUGUUAAUGUGUCUACAUCCUGUUUUUGUUUUUUUCAUUUCUUUGUACUAAAAGAUCCUGUACAUCUCCAUCUUAAUGUAUGCAUUUGAGGAUAUAAAGAGCGCGUCCGCUCCCGGGAGCUGCGGAGUGUA